AGUUGGGCGCCCUGGCGCGGACGGCCGAAGGACCCCUGCAGCGGGACACCCUGGCCACGCGGGCGCCGCCGCAAAAACUGCCCGUUGAGCGCUGGCGCCGCGCAGAGGCUGCGCCGAACGGCGCUCGGGCCUCUCUUUUGGGGGGGCUCUCAUGGGGGCGACCGCUCUUUCGGGCACGCAGUCGGCCCAGAUUAGCAGCCAUCUUGGAGGCCUCUGGGAGGACCACGAACGCAGGGCUUUCGCCCAUCUGCUGCCUGGCCCUCGCGGGUGGUUACACCCAGACGCAUUGCGGGGCCUCGCACAGCUACAGUGCACGCGCUGCGCCCGCGACUUCAUAGACUUCCGGGCUUGGGCCGACGCCGCGAAAAGCAGGGUGUUCAAUUGGGAAGCUCUUCCAGCAGGAGGGCUCCGAGUGGCAGCACGCGCGCAGGACCUUCGUCGUUUGCGACAAGAAUGCGAUCCCCCAGACUGGCGAGCCGCCGUUUGGGCCCACUGGUUCGACUCGAGCUUUCUGUUCAUCUUAGAGCGAGCGGAGGGCCGCGUUCAACGUGCUGCGGGUGGCCCACUUCUAGCCAUGGCCAGUGGGCCCCGUGUACUUGCCGAUUCUGAGAUGGCUCGCCGGCAGUGGCAGCGCGCCCGCUAUCAGGCGCUCCGGCCAGACCGCGAGGAGGCAGCAUAUCGUCACUUACGUCGUCGCCUCGACUCUUGGGCUGUGUCUUUGCUGCCUGGCCGGCGAGUGAACCGAGCCGUGGAGGUCCUGCAGGAUCUGUCCACGCACGCCACGCCGCGCGUCUUCGCGGCCACGCUCCGUACCCUGUGCAGAGGGUGGACUACAAGGUGGCGGUCAGCGGCGUGCCUUCUUCAUUGUGUUCGGGGCGAAGACUGCAUCGAGCACUGCGCGAACUGCCUGGUUUUCCGCAAAUUUACCUGUCAGAAGUUGCGGCUUCCGGAGGCCGCCCCAGCCGAUAGGCUGCUGAGCUUGAGUGGGCUCGCGCAGUCUACGCCGCGCGACCGCCAGGUCUGGGCGAUCGCCAGGUACGCCUUGUACACGGCGCUGUGCAUGCUGCGGCACGGCCACCCGAUGCACGGUCGGCUGGAGGACUUACUUCUGCAGCGUGCCCAUGAAGGAGUGCGCGGGCACCCAGCGGGCAUGCAGAUUCUGAGCGCCGCCAGGGCGGGCCUCCCAUCGCUGCAGGCUUCGCCCACCACUGCUUGUGUCUGUUGUUGCUUCUGCCCCGCCUGUUCUUGUUCCCGGCGCAACGCCGAUACGUUUUGCAGGUGAAUUCGCAUCGUUAUAACCGCCCGAAUGUCUGCCACAUUAUUUUUCUCUGGUCCUGCCCGAGUCUGGGGCCACUUCCGGUUUUCGGGGCCAUGGCUAACGGCUGCGUCGCCAUUGCCUGUGUCAUUGUAGGGGGGCACGAUUUGUUGCCCGGUGUUGGCUGGCCGCCAGCUGGCGCCAGCUGCUUGCCCCCCCCCCCCCCGGGCCCCACGCCUUGGGAGGCAGGGGACCGCCCCUUUUCCUUCUUUUCUCCCUUCCCUCUUCCCCCUCCUGUUCCUGCUCCUUACCCCCCUUCCUGGCUUCUUCCUCCGUCCCCCAGUCCCCCGCUCGUCGUCGUCGUCGUCGUCGUCGUCGUCGUCGUCGUCGUCGUCGUCGUGGUCGUCGUCGUCGUCGUCUCGUUUCGUCGUCGUCGCCGUCGUCGUCGUCGUUCGGGGUUUCGGUCCUCUGCCUUCUCGGGCUUGUGGCCCCCCUGCGGGGGGCUGGGCAUUCGAGGCAGAGGCCUCGGGUCUCACCAACGGUUGCUUGUUGUCUUCUCACCCCUGACUCUCGUACGGCGAGGCACGCGAUUCCGUGUCGCGCCUCGUGGCUAGGGAACCCUCGACGGGUACAUGCGAGGUCUUUUAUUCCAGACGCCUCCUUUCUUCCGUGCUCCGGCGUUCCUCCGCCGUCUCUGCUGCCGCUGCUGCCGCCGCUUCUGCCCUCCUUCGUUCACGUCAAGUUUGACCCAGUGUUUGAUUACCGCACCGCGCGCUGUAUGGCGGGCCUGUGUUCCAGUUUCUAUCCUUUCUUGUCCCUUUUCCUUCUCUUCGUGUUUCGCCCUCCUCCCCAGGCACCAGUGCGAGUCCCACCAUUUUGUGCCAGUAUGGGCUACGCACGCGCGAGUUGAAGUUUACAUUGUAGCCGCGAUCACAUUGAGGCAUCGACGCGGCGGAGGCGGGAAUCUGCCAUGUCAGGUUUUUCCGCGCGUGUUAUCUCGUCUCUUGCGCUCGCAAGUAGUCGCACACUGCACCGAGUGAA